UCACCCAAGCCUGUGGGCGUGUGUGUCUGUGUGGGUGAAGGAUCGGAGGCGGGGAGUCCGAGGAGGCUCGCUUGGAAAUGCCUCCGAGGCAACGCCGGAGCCCGGCGAGGAAAGAGACUUGACUCUCUCCUGCGGCUUUUUCUCCCAGACAUUUUGGGGAGGCAGCGAGGAAGAAGCCAGCUCCGCCCACUGAGCGCCCGAGCUGCCGCCUGUUGCUUCGCAAAAAAAAAGAAGAAGAAGAGAACAGCAGUUCAAAAACUUCUGGACUCGCGGCCAGACGCGCACAGGAGUUGGAGCGGCCGGGCGAGCAGGCGAGCGAAGGAGCGCGGUCCCCGCGAGAAGCGGCGAGGUAGGAGGUGGUGGUGUGGGGGGAGAUCGUUCGAUCGCCUUUCUUUUUUCUCCCCCCCCCCCCCCGUGUAUGGAUUUUGCCAACUGAGCCGCUUCCCGCCGCGAUCGCCCGGGCUUAUCAUGUGCGCCUCGAGGUCGGCUUCCCAGGGCAGCUCCCGAGCCGAGUGAUCCCUCCGCGGGGCGCUCCGCUCCGCUGCCCCCGCUUUUUUAAUGGUCAGCUCGUUCGUCUGGCCGCCGCUCAGCCUGUUGGCUUCCUAGAUAUAUAUAUACACACACGCACAUCCGUGACGGAGAUGCACGCGGCGGGGUGGUUCAAGCAGCUGGCGGCUGCCUCCCGGAUCGUCUGGAUCCUCCUCUGGACUCUGGAGCUGCGGUGCGCCCUGGCGGACUUCACCCUGGAGAAUGAGGUGCACUCGAGUUUCAUCCACAGGAGGCUCCGGAGCCAGGAGCGCCGCGAGAUGCAGCGAGAGAUCCUGUCCAUCCUGGGGUUGCCCCACCGGCCGAGGCCCCACUUGCACGGCAAGCACAACUCGGCUCCCAUGUUCAUGCUGGACCUCUACAACGCGAUGUCGGUGGAGGAAGAGGGCCCCAGCGAAAGCGGCGAGGGCUUCUCCUACCCUUACAAGCCCAUCUUCAGUACUCAAGGGCCACCCCUGGCCAGCCUGCAGGACAGCAAUUUCCUCACCGAGGCAGAUAUGGUCAUGAGCUUCGUCAACAUGGUGGAACAUGACAAGGAGUUUUAUCAUCAGCGCAGUCAUCGUCGCGAGUUCCGAUUUGACCUCUCUAGGAUCCCCGAGGGUGAAGCAGUAACUGCAGCUGAAUUUCGAAUUUACAAGGACUACAUUAGGGAACGUUUUGAUAAUGAAACAUUCCAAAUCAGUGUCUAUCAGGUCCUCCAAGAACAUCCAGGAAGGGAUUCAGAUUUGUUCUUACUUGAUACUCGUACAAUUUGGGCUGAAGAAGAAGGUUGGCUGGUAUUUGAUAUUACAGCAACUAGUAAUCACUGGGUGGUAAACCCACAGCACAAUCUUGGGCUGCAGCUAUCAGUGGAGAGUAUAGAUGGACAAAGCAUCAAUCCCAAGUUUGCUGGUCUCAUUGGAAGGCAUGGUCCACAAAACAAGCAGCCAUUUACGGUGGCCUUUUUCAAAGCUACUGAAGUGCACCUCCGAAGUAUCCGUUCUACAGGAGGUAAACAGCGGAACCAAAACCGUUCAAAGGCACCGAAAAAUCAAGAAGCCUUUCGAGUGUCAAAUCUUGGAGGUACGCAAACAUUAGAAAACAGCAGCAAUGAUCAGAGGCAAGCGUGCAAGAAACAUGAACUCUAUGUCAGUUUCAGGGAUCUUGGCUGGCAGGACUGGAUCAUCGCUCCAGAAGGUUAUGCUGCUUAUUACUGCGAAGGAGAAUGUGCUUUUCCAUUGAACUCUUACAUGAAUGCAACAAAUCAUGCUAUUGUACAGACACUGGUUCACUUUAUAAACCCCGAUACUGUGCCGAAGCCUUGCUGUGCCCCAACACAACUCAACGCCAUUUCCGUUCUCUACUUCGAUGACAGCUCCAAUGUCAUUUUGAAGAAAUACAGAAACAUGGUGGUACGAGCCUGUGGCUGCCAUUAACAGCCUAGUCAGGAAAGCUAUAUCGGGAUUUCAAAAUGUGCAGACUGAAUUGUUUUUAUAAAAAAGAGAGGGUUUUUUAAAAGAAAAAAAAUGAGGGGGAAAAAAAGGAAAGCUGUUUCAGAAAGAACAUUUCUAAAUGGGCCAAAGGUUCAGGAAUGAUUUUUGAGAUGCAAGCGCUGCUUUGAGCAAAGUUGGCUUUAGAUUGCACAGAAGUAUCUUGGAUGAAAAUAAGGAUGAAUUCUAGGAACAGAUACAUUUUUUCCCCUGAAAGUGCCUUGUCAAGGAAACAGACCUGUUUUAUUUCUUACUUUUCCUUUCUUUCUUUUUUCUUUUUUAACAAAGCUAUUUGAGGUGUAUAUGAAUGAGGAACACAUCCAUGAGUGCUACGUACAGGUUUAUAGAUCUCCUAAAGAAAUGCACCACAUGAAUUAAAAUGUAUGAAUGAAUUUAUCUGAAUCCACUGGCUAUCUUGACCACAUUACAAGGAAGAUGUGAAUUUUGACUUCUUUUUAAAACAAAAAUUCCAUGGCCUGACAUGUUUGAGAUGUUCCCUGCCAAGGCAGCUAUAAAACUUUUGCAGUUUGAUUCCAGACACUGAACAUUAUGUAUAUAUACUGUAUUUUCUGCAGCUGGAUCUCCUGUUUCCCAUUCAAAACGAGCGGGCAGCAUUACAAAUCCAAGAAUCAGGGCUGUACAUAAUAUGUUUGUAUGGCCAUGCAUAGUGUUCUGUAUACAAGCACAGAGAAAAGCAAGAUAAACGGUAUACAGAUUUGAGUUGCAAUUGUUUGUGUUUAGUGUAAUUCAAGGAAUUGCACAAUUAAGCUUCUCCUGUUUGAGUAAAGAGGGCUGACAAUAGCAUUCACUAGAAUACUGACAAUAAAAUUUGCCAAUCUAUUUCCCAAGUCACAGUAGCAAACAUGCAGAUUUACUGUAAUAAUGGUUUAAUCACUUUUUCUGGCAGGAUUUCUUCUUUUCCUAUGCUUUAAUCCAAUUUGAUAGGCAAGAGAAAAGUCUUAACUAUUCAGAAGAGUGAAUCUCUUAAUGUGCCGGAACAAUGCAUUCAGCCAAUAUAGAGACCUUUUGUUUCCGAAAAGUGCCUUCUCCCUUUUCUGUUUUGGCAAUGCUAAUUUAAAUCUUCCUCUAAUCUGGAAGAGGAGCAGAAAGGUGUAAAAAGUUAAUGCAAUAAUUGCUGUUGAAUUAAAAAGGCUACCAUUCGUAAGCCACGUUGGUCAGACUAAUCUGGAUGAAGAGGUGGACAGCUUGUCAGUAUUUCCACAAUGCUAAAUGACAUGGAAUUGCAACUCGGUUGAACAGUGGUAACCAUUUUGUGACCUCCAGAUGCUACUGAAUUAUAAGUCUCAUGUUUCAUUAUUAGUCAUUGUGGCUCAGAAGCUGGAAUUCAACAUCUAGAUCCAUGUGUUACCUAUUUCUGCAUAGAUCGUGCAAACAAAAUUACUCAAUGGAUAGAGCUGUUGGGAGAAAACUACAAGGAUAAAGAUUGCAUAGAGAGGACCAUUAUGGGGAACAAACAUUAAUCAAUAACUUGAUACCAAGGUAAAUAAUCCAGGUUCUAUCAUCAAGUAGAAUUGUUUCCAAAAUUUGAGAACGUUAUUGCUCAUCCUCAAAUUAGCUUGAAGAUGCCCAUGUACAGAGAUACGACUUUUGGCUGGGUUUUAUGUUGUUGUUUCAAAAAGAAUUUUGACCAUUCAGGAAAGUUUCAUAGAAGAUACCAAGAUAAGAACUUACCAUAGGAAGACUAAAGGAGCUGAGCUCACAAAAAUGUUGAAUUUCAAGCAGCAAGUACGAUAUGCCAUCAGCUAAAACUAUAUAAACACUGCACUUGUAAUACUGGGAGGAGGUCCUCAUUCAAAAAAGGAUGUUGUGGCUGAAAAGUGACUGAAGCCAUUCAGUUUGUUAUAACUGGUGCAAGGUUGCAGAUAAUAACUCUCAAUCACUGGACAAAGUCCCAUGGAAAGCCAUAUCUAAUCAUCACUUGCUUCAAAAAAAUUCAAAGGCUUUUUCUGCAUCUAAAGAUACUAUUGUAGCAGAAUCGGUUUUAUCCUCGGCUAUAUGCAGUAUGUCACUUAAUAUAUGCAAAUUAUCUGAUGCCUGAAAAUUUUUGAUAAACCCCAACUGGGAAGAAUGAAUUAUAUCUGGUAAUAUCUUUUGCAAGCAUCUAGCCAGUAGGACAGACAACAUCUUGGUGUCCACGUUUUUGUAGGUCUUUACCUGAUUUUAAAAUGUCAUAAAAUUAUGAUGGUAAUUUAUCAACCUUAAAUUUUACCUCAUUGUGUACUGCCCAAAGUAUAGAAAUCAACAAACCUGUGCAUGCCUUAUAUACCAGUGCUUCUCAAUCUUGGCAGCUUGAAGAUGUGUGGACUUCAACUCCCAGAAUUCUCCAGCCACCAUAGCAUUUUUGGGGUCUGUCAUAACUUCCAAUGAUUGCUAAGUGAGCGGUCAUAAGUGGGGGACUAGCUGUAAUUUUUUUUCUGGUUUCCCUGAAUAUGAGAGAGAUGUUUCUUCCUUUCUUCCUGCUAAUAAGGCUGCCUAAUGAAGUUAAUUUGCUUCAGUAGAACACAGAAAGUAUUUUAUCACACAGUGCCUAAGUAAUUUCUAGGGUUUGUUCCUACGUGAUGAGUAGCUGGGUGGCUGUUAGGUGGAAAAGGCCCAAAGUGGGACUUUCUACUGUAUGAAACCAGCUUGUUUCAUAUACCAGUAGGUAGAAUGAUUGUGGGGGUAGAUCCCAAUCAGAAACUAAAGGGACUAGAGUGAUUUUCAAGCAUCCCUCCAAUUAGAGCUGAUUACCUUUUCUCUCAGUCAGUAUAUUUUUGGAUCAGAUUAACUUCCUUUCACUUGCUGAUGAAGUCAGGAAGUCAAGAGUCCUAGCAUAUUUUUAUAUGGAUGCUUACACCAGCUUCACAUGUCUUUCUAGGGCAGGGGUGUCAAACUCGUAUUGUCACAUGACAUAUUGUGAGUUUUCCCCCGUUCAGUAAACCAGGCAUGGGCAUUACCAGCGUGUGAUGCAUCUAGCCCAUGGGCCACGAGUUUGACAGUGCUGUUCUAGGGUUUGAUGAACCUCCUUCAGGGAACUCUUUUUUUAAUGCUAUACUAGAUUUUUUUGAUUUUUUAAGGGGCGCAGUGGCUCAGGGGCUAGACACUGAGCUUGUCGAUCGAAAGGUUGUCAGUUCAGUGGUUCGAAUCCCUAGUAAUGGGGUGAGCUCCCUUUACUUGUUCCAGCUUCUGCCAACCUAGCAGUUUGAAAGCACAUAAAAAAUGCAAGUAGAAAAAUAGGGGCCACUUUUGGUGGGAAGGUAACAGCGUUCCAUGCCCCAUCGGCAUUUAGUCAUGCCGGCCACAUGACCACGGAGACAUCUUUGGACAGCUUUGGCUCUUCGGCUUUGAAACGGAGAUGAGCAUCGCCCCCUAGAGUUGGGAACAACUAGCACAUAUGUGCAAGGGGAACCUUUACUAGAUUCUUCAGGCUGUGUUGGGACAAAAGAAGCAGGAUUCCUGGCCAUCACAUGAUCAUCAUUCUGAACAUUGUAGUCCUAGUUUAUACAGAGGACACCAGCUUAGGGGAGACUGCCUUAUGAGUAUGUAUAUAAUAUAUGGGUGAUCUAUAAUGUCUUCUUUUCCAGAUUAUGUUGGUAAAUAUUCUAGAAGAAAACCUUCAUGAAUGAGUUCAGCCUCUUUAUGUGUAUUAGGGGAAUAAUAUUCCUAGGGUCAUUUCCCUUCCCAAUCUUUAAAAAUAAAUGGUCUUUUUUUGGGGGGGGGGGUUAAUUUCUGUUUAAGUUCCGUUCUUUGUACAUUUUUUUGUAAAUAGUUUUCACAAAAGCCAAAAAAAAAUUAUUUAUUUCAGCCUCUGUAUUUCUUUUCUCAGUCACAUUUGGGAAAAACAAAACCAACCAACCAAUCAACAACAACAAAAAAUCAUCUCUCAUUUGAAAGCAUGUUGUUUCUUUAUUUAAUAAAAUAUUUAUUAACAACUGCUGGUAAAACAAAUAAAUGUUUGGCAACUU